AUCAACUCACUGCCUCACAGUACACAUAGGCACCUCAGUCAGCUGAUCGAAGGUCGAGUGAUCGAGCUGGAAGUUGAAAUGAAGGGGAGCAAGGUCCACGACCACGAGACCGACGUCCCCGCCUCCAACCUGUGGGCGAUCUACGGCACGCUCCGCGCCGCCGAGCUGUUGCCGGAGCUGCUCCCGCACGUCCUGGCCAAGGUCGAGGUUGUCAGUGGCGACGGCGGCGUCGGUACCAUCUUGCAGCUGACGUUCCCCCCUGGUAUUCCUGGCCUGGAGAGUUACAAGGAGAAGUUCACCAAGGUUGACGACGAGAACUAUAUCAAGGAGGCGCAGGCGAUCGAUGGCGACAUCCUCAAGCUGGGGUUCCUCUCCUAUAUGAUACGGUUCGAGGUCAUCGCAAAGGGGCCCGACUCGUCGGUGAUACGAUCGACUGUGGAGUACGAGAUCGAUGACGCGCACCCGGAGCUUGAAGCGAUGGUCAGCACGGCGCCUUUGGCUGAGACCGCCGAGAAAUUCUCCGAGCAUGCCAAGGAGAAGAAGGUCAUCACUCAGGCAACCCCUUGAUUGGAAGAGCUCAAGAGCAAAGCUUAUCACAAAAGACAAAUGAUCUACUACGAUUGCGGCGUGUGUCUCUAUUUUGCAUCUCGAGUGUUGCUGUGAACGCGAAUUUAGCCGGAUCGAACAAAUCAUAGAUGCUUCAUCUAAUUUAUUCACCACAUCCACUGUUUCUCAUAUAUAUAACUACUGUAAGG